AUGGAUGGACAGUUUGCAGCAAUUGGCGAUGCAAUAUUAGAUGCAGUGAAGGCAUUAUACUUUUUUCUUCAACGUGAUGUUGUUGAACAAUUACCAUUCAUGUUAGCAUCUCAGUUGGGUAUUCUGCCUGCUGAAUUAGAUAAAAAACUUGUACACCUUAUUAGCACUUGUUUUUUACCUUUUAUUUUGGUACCUAAACAAGAAUGCUUAUCGGUACCAGCGGUAUUAAUGAUGGUACUUCAGCACACCACCGAUCUCAGUAAGCUUCUCACUUAUUUGAACAUUCUAAGCACUUAUAACGAUUAA